AUGGAGAAUGACUUUAUUCCCGGUGCUGAUCCAGAAGAAAUCAAAUGUUUUCUUCAUGGUCUUGGUUUAAUAAGGCUCGAUGAGUAUUAUGCACAAAUAAAACAAAAGUUAAAACGACAAAGACACUCAAUAAAAAUGACGAAUGAACAAAUUCAAAGAAAAUUAAUUGAAAAUGGUAUUUUUAAAGAUAAUCUAUCUAAAAAUACACCAUUAUUAUGUCCACGAAAACGAACAUCAUUUUCUUUAGUUUUAACACGUAAACGAGGAAAAGCAAUUAAGACACGGAUACCAUCAACUACACAAAUGGUAACGACUACUUCUAUUAUACCAACAACUACAAUGUAUGGAAUACCGUCAACACCUGAAACAGAUGCAAUUGAUUAUGAUCAACCAUUAGAUUUAAGUUUGCAAUCGAAUCUAAUUAGUAAAUGUUAA